UAUCCUCCUUCUCGUCUUCCUAAAUUCCAAAUAAACAAUGCUCUCUUUACGACUCUUCCCUCAAACCCUAAUCCCACUUUUCCGAACCCCUCAUUUAAACCCCUUUCAAAUCCGCAAACCCUAAAGCCUCCAAAACCCUACUCAAAAUCGAGGCACGCCCCCAUUUCAUCUGUCCUUCAAUGGAACAGAAAGCCCGAGCUGGCGGGGGAGACGCCGCGCGUGGUGGUUAUAACAUCCGGGAAAGGCGGCGUUGGAAAAACGACAACCACCGCUAAUGUCGGACUUUCCUUAGCCCGCCUCGGAUUCUUCGUGGUGGCAAUUGACGCCGAUGUUGGUCUCCGUAACCUAGACCUCCUCCUAGGUCUCGAGAAUCGCGUGAAUUACACUGUCGUCGAGGUACUCAACGGUGAUUGCCGGCUGGACCAAGCAUUGGUUCGAGACAAGCGUUGGUCCAACUUCGAAUUGCUUUGCAUUUCCAAGCCCAGAUCGAAACUCCCCAUCGGAUUCGGCGGGAAAGCGUUGGUUUGGCUAGUCGAUGCUCUCAAAGCGCGCGAGGAAAGGUCUCCGGAUUUCAUACUAAUAGAUUGUCCGGCGGGGAUCGACGCAGGGUUCAUAACGGCAAUAACUCCGGCAAACGAGGCGGUUCUGGUGACGACGCCGGACAUAACUAGCUUAAGGGAGGAUAGAGUGACGGGGCUGUUAGAAUGUGAUGAUAAGGAUAUCAAAAUGAUAGUGAACAGAGUAAGGACCGAUAUGAUAAAAGGAGAAGAUAUGAUGUCAGUUUUGGAUGUUCAAGAGAUGUUGGGGCUGCCAUUGUUAGGGGUGAUUCCCGAGGAUUCUGAGGUCAUUCGAAGCACCAAUAGAGGGUAUCCGCUUGUUCUGAAUAAGCCGCCGACCCUUGCAGGAUUGGCAUUCGAGCAAGCUGCUUGGAGGCUCGUUGAGCAGGAUAGUAUGAAGGCUGUUAUGGUCGAGGAAGAACCCAAAAAGCGUGGCUUCUUCUCAUUUUCCGAGGGUAGGGGACAAUGAAGUUGAUCUUUUAAGAAGUUAUGUACAGUGAGUUAAGGUUAGUUUGCCUUUGAAUUCUUGCUAUUUAUUGAUUUGAACUUGGUAUAUAGCUAAGCUUGUAGAGUUGGGUUUUAGGUUUUGUGUUUGUUGAUUCCAGAUGAAGUUUAUUCAAUUGCAUUGUGGGAUUGUCUGAAAAUUUUGUCGGUGUGAAUUGUUCUUGCUUGAAGGUUUAGUCUUCUUACCUGUUGAGUUGAAGCAUUUUAAUU